AUGGCCACUACUGACCGACGUCCCGCGUUCUCGAGACGGUCCCGGUUGCAUCACAAGUCGCCGUCCACAGACUCAUUCCUCGCCGACUCGCUUUCCCGCUUCGUCGAAACCCUCGCCGAGAGCGACCCCUCCUACUCUUCGCUUCCCCCCCGCCACUCCCCGCGAAGCACUCUCUCCCCCAUGUCCUCAUCCUCUAGCACUCCUUCCGCCAUGAGAGUUGGCCGCCGUUCCCUUGAAAUUCCAAGCGACGCGGAUUCGAGUUACGGAUUCGGGUCUCCUCGAGACGUCCCGAGGCGCCUCGCGAUGCGACUCCUCGUGGGCGACAGCGGCGGAGCGGUGGAUGCGGCGACUCCGAGGGUCCAUGAGACAGCCCCGUCCUCCCCCUCUUGCCUCACACCAUCCGCGUCCUCUCCCAGUGGGAGCCACCGGACCGCGUCGUCUCGCCGCUACCUAUCGCGCGUCGGGGCGUCCGAGCCGUUGGAACGCACCCUCCCCCGCAAAAGCCGCUUGAACGGCGACGAGGACACUGACGCUGGACCGGCGGCGACGGGCCGCGACGAAGCGACGGAUGCGGAGGAGGGUGAGUCGUCGGACGCGUCGGUGUCGAUGCGGCGCCUGGGCCGCGAGAUGAACGAGCUGCGGAGGCAGCUCGAGCGAUGCUCCAAGAUUAACAAGUGGUUAACCGAUUCUUUGCGUUCCGCGGAGCGCGCCGCGGCGGAAGCCACGGCAGCCGUGAAGGUGGCGGAAGCGGAACGGGACCACGUGGCGAAGGAGCUGGAGGAGAUGCUGAACGCGUGGUCCCAAGCGGAUAACGCGGCGGCAGCGAAGCAGGAGGAGGAGCGCACGUCGGUUGAACGAAGCCGCGCGUCGCUGGAGCGGGCGCGCGCGGUGUUGGCGCAAGAGAGGGAAGCGGUGGGGAGGGAGAGAGAGGAGGUGAGGAGGGAGCGGGAGGAGUUGAAGCGGGAGAGGGAAGCGCUGCAGAAGGAGAAGGAGAGGAUCGCGGCGGGGCGGGCGGCGCAAGAGGUGCAUAUGGAGUGGAGCAAGGCGCACCGCCAGGCGGAGAUGAUGGGCGUGCGGCAGCACCAGCACCAUGUGACUCCUGAUGGUGUGCUUCUACGGAGCGUGAGCAUGAACAGCACCUCAGUAACUGACAUGGCCACCACAGAUCGGCGAUCUCCGAUCAGGUCUCAUCGCAAAUCGUCGUCCGCUGACUCGUUCCUCUUCGACUCGCUCUCCUGCUUUAUAGAAACCCUCCCCAGCUUUUCCAAUCCACCUCUCCACUCCCCGCGAAGCAUGCUCUCUCCCAUGUCGCCAUCCACUAGCACUCCCUCAGCCAUGAAUUCCAGUUGCCGUUCGCUUGAUAAUAUUCCGUGCGACGCUGGUUUAAGUAACGGAACUGUGUCGCCUCGCGACCUCCCUAGGCGCCUCGCGAUGCGGCUCCUGGUGGGUGACAGAGGCGGGGCGGUGGACGCGGCGACGCAGAGAGUCCGCACGCCGGAAAAGGGUGCGUCGCAAGGAACCAGCGGAACCCGCGGCGCAAAGAGUGGCAUACACAACCGUGAAUCCAAGAGCCGUGAUAACUGGUCGAGGGAGUUUCUUCUCCAAGCGGGAGAUGCGGGUCGCGAGGGAGCGCAGAGCCGUAAGCAUGGUAGCGCGAAGGCGAUGAUCCGCAGCAAUAGAGACCGGGUGGCACGCGACUCGGUGGGUCCGAACGCGACAAUCCCAACCUCUCCCACUUCCUCUACGUCCUCGGCUUCCUCCGCUUCCUCCGCGUCCUCUGAUUGCUCUCUUAAAGUGAUCCAGGGAAGCGCAUCGUCUCGAGGCCGACCCCUAUCGCUCGGUGCUGCGUCAGAUCCGUCGGAGCGCACUUCCCCCCGCAAAACCCGUUUGAAGGACGAGGACACGGCGACGACGCCCCGAAUCGAAGCGACGGAUGGCGAGGAGGAUUCGGACGGCGGGUCGGUGUCGAUGCGACAGCUGCGACGCGAGAUUGACGAUCUGAGGACGCAGCUGGAGCGAUGCGUGCGAAUCAACAAAUUGCUCUCUAGUGAGUCACGAUCACGGGGCUCGAGACGCGCUUUGGACGACUCAAACUCAGAGUUUAGAAUCAAGCGCACAGCGAAUGAAGCGACAGCAGCCGCCCGCGGGUUGGCGUCGGAACGAGACGACUUGGCAAAGGAGCUGGAAGCGGUGCUGAAAGCGUGGUCCCAAGCUGAUGACGUGGCAGCGGCAAAGCAGAAGGAGGAACGUGCGGCAGCGCAAAGAACCCGAGUGUCGCUGGAGUGGUCGCGAGCAGUGUUGGCACAGGAACGGGAGGCAUUGGGGAAGGAGAGGGAGGAGGUGAGGAAGGAGCGAGAGGAGUUGAAGCGGGAGAGGGAAGCGCUGCAGAAAGAUAAGGAGAGGAUCGCCAAGGACGCGGCGAAGCUUGCAGCGCGAGAGGUGCAGAGCGAGCGGAUGAAGGUGCAGCAGCAAGCAUGGAUGAUGGGCGUGCGGCAGCACCAGCACCAUGUGACCCCCGAUGGUGUGCUUCUAAGGAGCGCCAGCAUGAGCAGCACGUGCAACUGCCUCAACAGCACGCGAAGCAGCACCAAACCGAGGUCGAACGACGAGGAAGCAACGGACGAGGAGCCAAGCAAGCAGGGGGAGAGAAGGAGCAGCGGCAGCAUCAAAGUCGGUGAAUCUGCUUCAAGAAGGAUCCCCUCUUGUCGGUCGGAGAGCAACCUCAGUGCGUGUGCUUCCAGGGCACAGGAGCAUGCGCCGACUGGGCUUCCGCACUCCGCAAGUGCAGCAUAUGUCCGCGAACGGUGGGAGUCGCCUGCCGUUCCGCAUGCGCUGGCCUGUCGGGCCGAGCCAUUCACGGAGGCAGCAUGCGACCUGAGCUUAGAGGCCGAUUUUCUUGCGUCAGUUGAGGAAGCGAAGAAACUGAAUCCCGUACUAGCUCUACCGUACCAGCUGGUUCUCUACGGGCUGUACAAGCAGGCGACUGCAGGAAGCAUCACUUCGUGUUCAGAAGAUGACGUGGACACUGAUGACCAAGAGAAACUCCAGGCUUGGCGCGACUUCGCAGGCCUGAGCAUCGAGGUCGCUAUGGUCAACUACGUGUAG